GGUUCUCAGAAUUGGUCCCUAACCAGCAGCUUUACGGGAACUUGUUAGAAAUGCAGAUUCUCAGCAGGGAUUCCAACCUGAAGGAAUUGGUCAAAUGCCUGAUUCAUUCAUUCAGCAGACAUGUAUACACUAUGCGUGGCUCUUCAAGCAUUGCAGAGACCACUAAGGUAGAUGGCAGCCCCCACCAACUCUCAUUUUAAAAUCGAUGUAAGCCCUCAUAAGUAAGCACAUAUAGUUAUUGGCCUGAGAACCCAUGAAUCUUGAACCUAGAGACUAUCCAUCCUCUAAGUUGGAAUGUUAGUAAAUCUCUAGCAUUAUUUUUCUAAAAAAAAAAAUCUAAGCAACAUCUGGAAACUGGCAGAGAUGUGGAGAAGCAGCAUUGGUGCCAGUUUCAGCAAAGUGAGUUGAAAAGUACUUUCCCCCACCUCCAAUUUUUUCUUGGGGUGAGAAAGAAAAAAGAGGCAGCAACUUGGUUGGCUAGCCCACAUUUUAAAUUCCAGUCAGCUGGUUAAUUUUUAAAUUGGAGCGGCUGCCCUGGCUACAGACCUGGUUGGAAGGGCCAAGAUAGGUUUUGGAAUUCAUUUAUCCUAGAAGAAGUCUCCUGUGUGUCUUGAAACCCCAUCUAACUUAAACUUCAUGGCUCUGAGAAUUGCUUGCAGUGGCUUCAUCUUGAGGAGCUCAUCUUCUGGCAUCUCCUGGAUGUAAGCACCACUGUGCUGUGGUACAAGCGUGAGGAGAGGAGCCCUCAAGGUGGGCAGCAGAGGUGGCGUCAUGUUUGCAGGAUUAGCUAUGGUACCAAAAGCAUGGUUUCAGAGGUGGCUUUAGGGACGCUUUCAUUUUCUGUGAGGAGCGUGUUACUUUACUCAGUAUUUGCACAGGCCAAGCCAGAGCUGUCUUGAAAGGUACCUCUUCUUGUACCCAGGAAACGUCAAGCCAGCUGCUGUGGGACUUCGCAUUUUUCCAGCAGUUGGUGAUCCAUACCAUAGUUUUGGUGUGUGUCCAACCUUAGUGUAUGGCCCUCUUCUCACCGAGUUCCAAUUCCAGUUCAAGGAAGAAAGAAAAAAAAAAAAAAACCCCAACACCCUUAUUGUCUCUCUUGCUAUGUGUCUGUGCAUUAUCUCUGUUAGUCCUCCCUGUGACCUGGUGGGUAAAUAUCAUUAUGAUUAUUAUUUCCAUUUUAUAGAUAAGAAGACUGAGGCUCAGAGAUGUUAGGUACUUGCCUGCAGGCACACAGCUAACAAAUAGCAAAGCUGGAAUUGGAAUACAGGUCUUCCAGUGCCAGGCCCCCAUUUGGCAGUCUCCUUUGUAAAGUAGUUGAUGUUCCUGUCAGCCUCACAGCAUGGCUUGGAAGGAGUGAAAAGGAAAUGAAGAAACCGUCCAUGAAGCAUACAGUUCAAGAAGACAAAUCUGACCUUGAAAACAGUGUGAUGCAGAAGAAAAUAAAAAUCCCCAAACUUUCUCUCAAUCACAUAGAAGAAGAUGGGGAAAUUAAAGAUUACGGGGAAGAAGAUUUACAGCUUAGACACAUCAAGAGACCUGAGGGGCGGAAGCCGAGCGAAGGGGCGCACAAGAGCAUCGAGGCAGUGGUGGCCCGGCUGGAGAAGCAGAACGGCCUGAGCUUGGGCCACAGCACGUGUCCAGAAGAGGUCUUCGUGGAGACCUCACCGGGCACGGAUGACAUGGACAGUCUGGAGGAUGCCGUCGUGCCCCGGGCUCUGUACGAGGAGCUGCUGCGCAACUACCAGCAGCAGCAGGAGGAGAUGCGCCACCUCCAGCAGGAGCUGGAGCGGACUCGGAGGCAGCUGGUCCAGCAGGCCAAGAAGCUCAAGGAGUACGGGGCGCUCGUGUCUGAAAUGAAGGAGCUCCGUGACCUCAACCGGAGGCUUCAGGACGUGCUGCUCCUGCGGCUUGGCAGCGGUCCCGCCAUUGACUUGGAAAAAGUAAAGUCAGAAUGUCUCGAGCCCGAGCCGGAGUUACGAAGCACUUUCAGUGAGGAAGCAAAUACGUCGUCCUAUUACCCCGCUCCUGCGCCUGUCAUGGACAAGUAUAUCCUAGACAAUGGCAAGGUCCAUCUGGGAAGCGGGAUUUGGGUUGAUGAGGAGAAAUGGCACCAGCUACAAGUAACCCAAGGAGAUUCCAAGUACACAAAGAACCUGGCAGUCAUGAUUUGGGGAACAGAUGUUCUGAAGAACAGAAGCGUCACAGGAGUUGCCACAAAAAAAAAGAAGGAUGCAGUCCCUAAGCCACCCCUCUCACCUCACAAAUUAAGCAUUGUCAGAGAGUGUUUGUAUGACAGAAUAGCACAAGAAACUGUGGAUGAAACUGAAAUUGCACAGAGACUCUCCAAAGUCAACAAGUACAUCUGUGAAAAAAUCAUGGAUAUCAAUAAAUCCUGUAAAAAUGAAGAACGAAGGGAAGCAAAAUACAAUUUGCAAUAAACUUUGGAUUUUUCUUAAAGCCUUUGCGUUUUCCUUGCGUAGCAUGUGAUUUGCGGACGAUGGCAAAGUCCAAAUCAGACCCUACUGUGCGUGGUGGGGUGUGGGUAGGGAGCGAGCAGGGUUCUGGGACAGCGGCUUGUUCUGAACUUGAACUUCCCACUCCAAAGAAGGCAGAUGGAUUUGUUGAGACUCAGGCAGCAACCUGGCACUGGUAUCAUUCUGGGGAUGGGAAAAACACUGUCUUUUCUAAGGGGGAGGAAGCGUCUCUGAGUUGCCUAUCACUUGACCCGGAAGUUGAACUGAAAUUUUCACCAUUCAAGGACUUCUAUUUCUGUUCUCUAUUUUGUUCUAUAAUAAAGCUUCAUUAAUUGUUUGA